GUCAUCUUCAUCGCACGGACGUGCGAACACACGCUCGCUUACACUCACCCAGCCCGGUAUAAAAGGCUUAACUAGAUCAGGAGUCGACACAGGGACCCCAACUCCUCCGCCGCUAACAUGAGGACGUGGACUAGCUUAACCGUGUUGUCCGUGGCGGUGGUUAGCACGCUGAGUUUUCCACGUCCUGAUGCCGAGUACAAGAUUCCGACCGUAGGCCUCGGAGCCAGGUCACAAUACUAUGUUCUCCACGACGACGGGACCUUCAAGUAUGGCUACGACACUGGUGACGGAGCCUACGAGUCUGCGAUGGCAAAUGCUCCCGGCGACGUAUCUGGCUCGUUUGGAUACAAGGAUGCAUCCGGGGCAGACAUAAAGCUGGAUUAUACAGCUAAUGACCAAGGCUUCCUUGUCAGCGGAUCUCAUCUGCCAGUUGCCCCAGUCGCUGACACUCCUCUCGUCUCGACCAAAAGUGCGGCUUCCACUUAUGAUGCUCCUAAAGUUCCUUCGCAGUCUUCAGUCGCCUCCCUACCAGGUGCUCGCUCACAGCCUGUAGCCGUAUCAGCACCGUUUGAAGAAGCUCAAGUGCGAAGCUCUGCUCUUGGCGAUGGAAGCUACUCUUUCUCCUACGAGACUCAGAGAAGCUCACGCCACGAAACAGCAGAUGCUCUCAACAAUGUCAGGGGAAGGUAUUCCUUUAUUGCUGAUGAUAAUGUAAAUAGGCAAAUCCAGUAUGUUGCUGGAGCUGACACCGGUUACAUUGCUGAAGGAGACUCUCUUCCUCAAGGACCACCUGUUCCAGGUGCAGAGACUGGUAUUCCAACUGGACGCAUUCUUCCUGUUCUGUCUGAAGAAGAGGCUAACAAGCUUGCCGCUGCCACUUCUGGUUCUGCAGGUGCUAGCCCUUCGACUGGUGCCACCUACAGUUCCUCAAGUGGUAGCCUUCGGACUGGUGCCACCUACAGUUCCCCACGUGACUCCACUGCAAGGGACGCCUCUUACUCUUUCAGUUAUGAUGCUGGUCAAAGCUCGCGGUCCGAAAGUGCUGAUCCCAACCUUAACGUACAGGGAACUUUCAGCUUUGAUGCUGAUGAUGGAAUUAGGAGGACUGUGAACUAUGUUGCUGGAUCUGCUACCGGUUUUGUUGCUGAAGGUGACCACUUACCUGUUGCUCCAGAUGCUGAUUUUGGCUCUCGAAUUCAGUCUUCCAGCCCAAGUGUUGUGUCAACAAAGAGUGCAGCUACAACCUAUGUUGCUCCUACUCCUUCACGAUCUGCUGCCCCUUCAAGACCCGUUGCCCCAGCAGCACCAGUUGAGGAAGCACAAGUACGAAGCUCUGCUCUUGAUGAUGGAAGUUAUUCUUUCUCCUACGAGACUCAGAGUAGUUCACGACAUGAAAGUGCAGAUGCUCUCAACAACGUCAGGGGAAGGUAUUCCUUUAUUGCUGAUGAUAAUGUAAAUAGGCAAAUCCAGUAUGUUGCCGGAGCUGACACCGGUUACAUAGCUGAAGGAGACUCUCUUCCUCAAGGACCACCUGUUCCAGGUGCAGAGACUGGUAUUCCAACUGGACGCAUUCUUCCUGUUCUGUCUGAAGAAGAGGCUAACAAGCUUGCCGCUGCCACUUCUGGUUCUGCAGGUGCUAGCCCUUCGAUUGGUGCCACCUACAGUUCCUCAAGUGGUAGCCCUUCGACUGGUGCCACCUACAGUUCCUCAAGUGGUAGCCCUUCGACUGGUGCCACCUACAGUUCCCCACGUGACUCCACUGCAAGGGACGCCUCUUACUCUUUCAGUUAUGAUGCUGGUCAAAGCUCGCGGUCCGAAAGUGCUGAUCCCAACCUUAACGUACAGGGAACUUUCAGCUUUGAUGCUGAUGAUGGAAUUAGAAGGACUGUGAACUAUGUUGCUGGAUCUGCUACCGGUUUUGUUGCUGAAGGUGACCACUUACCUGUUGCUCCAGAUGCUGAUUUUGGCUCUCGAAUUCAGUCUUCCAGCCCAAGUGUUGUGUCAACAAAGAGUGCAGCUACAACCUAUGUUGCUCCUACUCCUUCACGAUCUGCUGCCCCUUCAAGACCCGUUGCCCCAGCAGCACCAGUUGAGGAAGCACAAGUACGAAGCUCUGCUCUUGAUGAUGGAAGUUAUUCUUUCUCCUACGAGACUCAGAGUAGCUCACGACAUGAAAGUGCAGAUGCUCUCAACAACGUCAGGGGAAGUAUGUUGCCGGAGCUGAUACCGGUUACAUUGCUGAAGGAGACUCCCUUCCUCAAGGACCACCUGUUCCAGGUGCAGAAACUGGAAUUCCAACUGGACGCAUUCUCCCUGUUCUUUCUGAAGAAGAAGCUAACAAGCUUGCCGCUGCCACUUCUGGUUCUGCAGGUGCUAGCCCUUCGAUUGGUGCCACCUACAGUUCCUCAAGUGGUAGCCCUUCGACUGGUGCCACCUACAGUUCCUCAAGUGGUAGCCCUUCGACUGGUGCCACCUACAGUUCCCCACGUGACAAGGGACGCCUCUUACUCUUUCAGUUAUGAUGCUGGUCAAAGCUCGCGGUCCGAAAGUGCUGAUCCCAACCUUAACGUACAGGGAACUUUCAGCUUUGAUGCUGAUGAUGGAAUUAGAAGGACUGUGAACUAUGUUGCUGGAUCUGCUACCGGUUUUGUUGCUGAAGGUGACCACUUACCUGUUGCUCCAGAUGCUGAUUUUGGCUCUCGAAUUCAGUCUUCCAGCCCAAGUGUUGUGUCAACAAAGAGUGCAGCUACAACCUAUGUUUCUCCUACUCCUUCACGAUCUGCUGCCCCUUCAAGACCCGUUGCCCCAGCAGCACCAGUUGAGGAAGCACAAGUACGAAGCUCUGCUCUUGCUGAUGGAAGCUACUCUUUCUCCUACGAGACUCAGAGAAGCUCACGCCACGAAACAGCAGAUGCUCUCAACAAUGUCAGGGGAAGGUAUUCCUUUAUUGCUGAUGAUAAUGUAAAUAGGCAAAUCCAGUAUGUUGCUGGAGCUGACACCGGUUACAUUGCUGAAGGAGACUCUCUUCCUCAAGGACCACCUGUUCCAGGUGCAGAGACUGGUAUUCCAACUGGACGCAUUCUUCCUGUUCUGUCUGAAGAAGAGGCUAACAAGCUUGCCGCUGCCACUUCUGGUUCUGCAGGUGCUAGCCCUUCGACUGGUGCCACCUACAGUUCCUCAAGUGGUAGCCCUUCGACUGGUGCCACCUACAGUUCCCCACGUGACUCCACUGCAAGGGACGCCUCUUACUCUUUCAGUUAUGAUGCUGGUCAAAGCUCGCGGUCCGAAAGUGCUGAUCCCAACCUUAACGUACAGGGAACUUUCAGCUUUGAUGCUGAUGAUGGAAUUAGGAGGACUGUGAACUAUGUUGCUGGAUCUGCUACCGGUUUUGUUGCUGAAGGUGACCACUUACCUGUUGCUCCAGAUGCUGAUUUUGGCUCUCGAAUUCAGUCUUCCAGCCCAAGUGUUGUGUCAACAAAGAGUGCAGCUACAACCUAUGUUGCUCCUACUCCUUCACGAUCUGCUGCCCCUUCAAGACCCGUUGCCCCAGCAGCACCAGUUGAGGAAGCACAAGUACGAAGCUCUGCUCUUGAUGAUGGAAGUUAUUCUUUCUCCUACGAGACUCAGAGUAGUUCACGACAUGAAAGUGCAGAUGCUCUCAACAACGUCAGGGGAAGGUAUUCCUUUAUUGCUGAUGAUAAUGUAAAUAGGCAAAUCCAGUAUGUUGCCGGAGCUGACACCGGUUACAUAGCUGAAGGAGACUCUCUUCCUCAAGGACCACCUGUUCCAGGUGCAGAGACUGGUAUUCCAACUGGACGCAUUCUUCCUGUUCUGUCUGAAGAAGAGGCUAACAAGCUUGCCGCUGCCACUUCUGGUUCUGCAGGUGCUAGCCCUUCGAUUGGUGCCACCUACAGUUCCUCAAGUGGUAGCCCUUCGACUGGUGCCACCUACAGUUCCUCAAGUGGUAGCCCUUCGACUGGUGCCACCUACAGUUCCCCACGUGACUCCACUGCAAGGGACGCCUCUUACUCUUUCAGUUAUGAUGCUGGUCAAAGCUCGCGGUCCGAAAGUGCUGAUCCCAACCUUAACGUACAGGGAACUUUCAGCUUUGAUGCUGAUGAUGGAAUUAGAAGGACUGUGAACUAUGUUGCUGGAUCUGCUACCGGUUUUGUUGCUGAAGGUGACCACUUACCUGUUGCUCCAGAUGCUGAUUUUGGCUCUCGAAUUCAGUCUUCCAGCCCAAGUGUUGUGUCAACAAAGAGUGCAGCUACAACCUAUGUUGCUCCUACUCCUUCACGAUCUGCUGCCCCUUCAAGACCCGUUGCCCCAGCAGCACCAGUUGAGGAAGCACAAGUACGAAGCUCUGCUCUUGAUGAUGGAAGUUAUUCUUUCUCCUACGAGACUCAGAGUAGCUCACGACAUGAAAGUGCAGAUGCUCUCAACAACGUCAGGGGAAGGUAUUCCUUUAUUGCUGAUGAUAAUGUAAAUAGGCAAAUCCAGUAUGUUGCCGGAGCUGAUACCGGUUACAUUGCUGAAGGAGACUCCCUUCCUCAAGGACCACCUGUUCCAGGUGCAGAAACUGGAAUUCCAACUGGACGCAUUCUCCCUGUUCUUUCUGAAGAAGAAGCUAAUGCUCUAGCAGGAGUCUCACCUCUGCUGAAGUCUGGAGAGGGGAGCGACAUUGCAGACAUUCGGGCAGAUGCUUCAUACAAAUUUUCCUUUGAUUCUGAUAGUUAUUCACGGACUGAAGAAGCUGAUGCUGAUGGCAACAUUGUCGGAAGCUAUACCUACGUAGAUGAAGAUGGAAAAGAACAUACUGUUAACUUUGUAGCUGGAAGAAAAACUGGAUUUUUGCCCGAAGGAGUCUUUGAACCCAAAGCAAUUGUAGGAGACGCAACACCUGCAGCAGUUGUGUCACCUGCGUAUUCGUCACCUUCGAGACCAAGCGGUGUUACAGUUGUUCAAACUGCCAGUCCUGUAGUUAUAACGAAGGCUGCAGGAUCAGCAACAUCUGGGAGUCACACAUCGCAGGUCGUAGGCGAUGUUCUCCUUCACCAGUAUUCUGCUGUCAACAGCCCCAAAUAUGGUUAUGUGUUUACAGCUGUUCGUUAAUUGCAAAAAAAUAUAUAUAUACAUAUCGGCCAUGUGGGAUAAGGCUUUAUUCUUGCUCAAACUCUGAAAAUCAUUUUUCUUAAAUUUCAUGCUAAAAGCAGAUGCUUUCAUGAAAUUACAUAUCUCAGUUUUAUUUAUUAAAAUUGAGAACUGCCUUUUGCACAAUUCUCUGUAAAGUGGGACUCAUUAUUUCUGAGCGGGUUUAGGUUAUGGUUUGGUUUCUCAUGCAUUCACUUUCAUUAUCUUUUUGUAUCGAACAUAGUAGACGACCGGCAAUGUACCCGAACAGCCUAAUGGAACCUAUGUACAUAUGCAAUCUGUACAUUUGAUUAACCAAGCAAAACAAAAACAAAACAAAAAAAAAGUGUAACUAACAAAAAAUCCAAAAAUGUUAGCAAAAAAUGGAAUAUCAAUAAAAGUGGCAAGUAAUGCC